AUGUUUGUUCUCAAAGACAUUCCGAAAUCUCGCGUCUCUACUCUCAAAACUAUAGUCUCCGUUGUCCUCGGAGCUUCCUACUCGAGUCAGUGGUACGCAGAUGUUCCUCGUCUGGGGCCUCUAGCCCAACUCAUCUAUGAGGUCCCGGACUCCGGCGAGUCAUCCGACGAAAACGACCACCACGACCACCCUUCCUCCGAGUCCAAUGGUGUGCCUGUUGGAGCCAUUCGUUGUGCUCUUGAUCCAUAUAACCCUGUAAAGGAUGGACCUGCAGAUACAAGGCCCCGCGUAUAUAUCAUGGUCAUUGCAGUUCUUGCGCCGUUCCGAGGACUCGGAGCAGGCACCAUGAUGUUAAACCAUAUUGUGGAGCAUGCAAAACAGUUGGAUGCAAAAGCAGUGUACCUUCACGUGAGAGCCACUGAUACAGACUCUCAGCAAUGGUACAGCCGGCGAGGGUUUGUGGAAACGGGCCGUGUCCCGGGGUACUACCGGCAAACUGGUGGUGAUGCAUUUAUAUAUACGUUAGAUCUGUAG